ACACUGGACCUAAACACAGUAAACAGAGAACUCUCUCUGUCUGAUGAGAACAGAAAGGUGACCAGGAGAGAGGAGCAGCCGUAUCCUGAUCACCCAGAGAGAUUUAAGGACAGACCACAGGUGUUGUGUAGAGAGGGUCUGUCUGGACGCUGUUACUGGGAGGUAGAGUGGAGUGGGAGAGGGGCUUGGAUAGGAGUGACUUAUAAAGGAAUCAACAGGAGAGGAAGUGAUGAUGACUGUUGUCUUGGAUUCAAUGACAAAUCUUGGAGUCUGGACUGUAUUGGAAACAUUUACUAUGCCUGUCACAAUAAUAAGACAACUUACCUACCUGUCACCUCCUCAGGCUCCCACAGAGUAGGAGUGUAUCUGGACUGGCCAGCCGGCACUCUGUCCUUCUACAGGGUCUCCUCUGACACACUGACCCACCUGUACACAUUCAUCACCACAUUCACUGAGCCCCUCUAUCCAGGGUUCAGGGUUUAUUCUGACUCCUCAGUAUCUCUGUGUCAGAUGGUCCCUGUGUCAAACACAACAUGAUGUUUCACUCUAAUCAUGGUCAUGUUCAGUCACUGUAG